ACGGCAGAGGAUAUCAUAGCUUGGCCAGGCUACCCGCGGAUUCCCUAACACUCAUUUAAUUCUGACAUAAAGGGAUUUUCAGGUCCGCUUUAAGGUGAAAAAUAAGAAAAUCCUGUGGAUUUCUACUCAUCUGUGGGCAAAGCAAUCUCAGCAUGUGUUGGCUCAGAUUUUUUAUAGCUGCGAAUCUUUAAACGGUUUAAUUUUCUGGUUGAAGGAGAUGGAAUGAUAGUGCCGGCCACAAAUGUCGAGGUCAUGAAGUUGGAACAUUUCUUGGAGGACCAGGAUAAAUAUAUUGCAAAAAAUGCUGGGGGAUGCUCUUCUUUGACUGACCAGACAAAGUUUUCAGCUAUGGAAGAUCUGCCAAGUAGUGACAGUGAUCAUGAAGAGGAAGAUGUUACAGGAACGUCAGAUUCAGAGGAACCAGAAGUUGAGAGACGAAAGUUGAAUGCUAAGCUUGAGUUUCUUGAUGUGAUGUUACAGAGAAUAAGAGAAGAAGAACGCCUACGACGAGCUUCAGGCCCUCCUGGAAACACUUCCAGUUAUCUUAUGAGAGAGCAUCAAUGGAAUCAAUUUGAUGGGGAUUAUUACAAAAAUCUUCCAAAUCCUGUGUCAAAUAUCCCUCCCUCAGAUGCUUGUUUGGAGGAGGACACUCCCUUGUUAGACAGCACAGAAGUCAAAAAACGUAUUUUUGCAGACAGGAAGAUUGAUGUUUCAUGGACAAGGAUAGAAAAUAACUCUGCAAAAGAUGCUGGUGGGUCAGCACCCUCAUUGACAGAAGUUGUUUCAAAGCCAGAUCUGGACGGUGCAGAAGAUCGCAUUUUACUGGACAAACUUAGCAUUAGAGAACUUCAGGAUACCUUCAAGGCGACAUUUGGACGAGAAACCUCAGUUAAAGAUAAGCAGUGGCUUAAGCGCCGCAUUUCAAUAGCACUGAAAAAUUCGAAUAAGAAAAAUGGACAGGAAUAUAUGACAUCACGGCAUGGAAAGAGUCCAUCUGAAAAAUUUCCAACUGAUUCUUCUGAUGUACAGGCAACCAAGAGUAAAAUGAUCAUUGAUAAUACUGAUAUAGGAGUGCCCAUAAGCCCUAUUGGCAACAAAUCUUCCACCACAUCUUUUACAGAUGUAUUUAUAAAAAGAGAGUUUGGAAUGUCUAAUGGUGAUGUUCCCCUUAGAGAGGAGAUUAGAAGAAAGAGAACACGAAAACCAACCAGAAGGUAUAUUGAAGAGUUGUCAAAAACAGAUGCUAGGCCAAACAGUGGAAGGCUGUUAAAUAGCCUUAGAGAUUCAGAUCAAGCCAUGAAGUCUUGUGCUAAACCUGACUGGAAUGGUUUUGACAGAAUGACAUUGGUGUGUAGGGAGGAUUCUCUUGGUGGCUGUGGAAUCCAAAUUCCAUUUGUCCUUCGAGUUCGAAGAGGACGCCCGAGGAAGAACUGCGGUGCACUUGUGAAGCAGAAGACCAGUGAGAGUCCUACCAGCUUUUUGAAGAAAGCUCAUGUUCAAGAAGAACAGUGUAGUAGUGACAAUGGGGAUAUGAAACAGAUUGUUCCUUUUGGAUCAACUCAAAACUUUGUGUAUGAUGAUAAAGAAAAUAACGAGCAGAUGCUAAUUUCAGUUCCAACAGACGGGAAAUGUGUUGCAGAGCCCUUCAACUCUGACUCAGUAGAUGAUGUCUCUGACAAUUAUGUCUCAACAAUUCGAACAGCCAAAGGAGGGAUUCGCAGGAAACAUCACCGCUCUUGGACACUGCAAGAGGUGAUGAAACUAGUAGAUGGUGUUUCACGUUUUGGUGUUGGAAGGUGGUCUGAUAUUAGGAAGCUUGUAUUUUCCUCAUCUGGUUAUCGUACCUCAGUUGAUCUAAAGGAUAAAUGGCGAAAUCUACUAAGGGCUAGCAAUGCACAAUUACAGACAAAGAAAGAGGCUGGGAACAGGAAAAAGCAUAGUUCAUCUCCUAUUCCAGCACCAAUUCUAGCUCGGGUUAGAGAAUUGUCAGCAAUGCAGUCACAGGCACUGUGUUUGCCAAGCUCAAGUAAUCCUGUCAUUCGAAGUGGAAGGAUUUUACAUAAAAGGAACCCAAUUCAAAUAAAAGUGGAAUGUACAUAACAAGUAGUAUCUUCUUUGGAUCUCUAUGUACAGGUUUUCAGUAAGUUAAACUAAUUUUAAUGUUCUAAUUGUCAUUUUAAAUGAAUGGGUUUAUGGAGUAUGGCUUUGUUUGCUAAAGAUCUAUGCUACAAGAUGGUUGUAUGCAUGUUAGAGAAAGCCAGAUUAAACUUAGAGCAAGGUUCUUCAUUUGGUCUUCAGGUCCAGAUUAUGGACCAAAGCAAGAAAGUGAUAUGUAAAUGUUCUAGUUGGGUGAACCCGUUUGAAUAUAUAUCUGAGUCUCACCAAGUUUUUGCA